UUCAUUCCCUCAAAAAAGAAAAAAGAAAAAAAACGCAUUGCGUGCUUGUGCUUCCGUUCCCCUCUUCCUCCUCUUCGUCUUCUCUUCUCUGAUGAAGCGAUAAAAAAAAAAUCCAACACCCAACCCAAAUCCAGAUCCGCCGCCGAGAUGAUGAUGGAUCGCCGGAGCGGAGACGGCGUCCGCAGCGGAGAAGGUGCCCGCAGCAGACAAGGCGCGGGCUGGGCUGCGUGCUGCCUGGGAUUCCUGCUCAAGCUGCUCGCCUUCCUUCAGGCCUUCGCCGCCGUCUCCGCCCUCCUCUACGCCGCCUGGAUCCUCUCCCGCUGGGCGCGCCACCACCAGCUCCGCCUCCAGGACCUCCUCCCUGGCCUCUGGUUUCCAUCCCUCCUCAUGGCGGCGGGCCUCUUCUACUGCCUCCUGCUCCUCGCGGGCUACCUGGCCGCGGAGAUCAACAACGGAUGCUGCCUCUGCUUCUACACCAUCCCGGCCAUGGCAACGAUGCUGCUCGAAGCUGCCCUCGCCGCCCACCUCACGGUCAACGACCACUGGAUCCAGGUAACUUUACCUACACAAAUUAAAUUCAUUCAUUUCCUACGGAGUAGGAGUACUUGCUUUCUCACCAACUUCAUCUCCGUCUAUGCUGCUCAGGACUUGCCAGAUGACCGCACCGGAGAGCUCCACAACCUGCUCUCCUUCAUCAACAAUAACCUCGACCUAUGCAAAUGGGCUGCUCUUGCCAUCUUCGCCACGCAGGCACUCUCACUGUUCCUGGCCAUGAUUUUACGAGCCAUGCUGUCUGCGCGGACCACGGACUGCGACAGCGAUGAAGACUUUGUAGUCAUAAGGAGGCCACUCCUCCUUGCCCAAGCUCCUCCACCUUAUCUUCCCACCACGGUUGAUACAAGAGGUUUCCGUCCAGACCUCUGGAGCUCAAGAAUGAGACACAAGUAUGGGUUGAACACAAGUGACUACACCUACAACACACUGGAUGCGAAUGCUGCACGGCCUCAGUGAGCAGAGCAGUCAUGGGACAGAUGACAGCCAUCGUAUGCUGUAACCUUUCCUGGCGUAUUGAUUGUAACCUUGUCCAAUUUGGUUUCACAUUGUUAAUCUUCCAUUGCACUGUACCCCUAUCACCUGUCGAUAUGUGUGUGUAUUGGUGGUUAUGUGGGCGCCGUGCAUCUGUAUAGUUAGUCUUGCAUCAUGUGAAUAAUAUUGUUGCUUUUGGGAGUGUUGUUGCUGGCUUGCAAAAUUGUGAAAGAUGUUUGACUAGAUGAAUGGAAUAGAGCUUCCAGUUGAUUCGAGAAA